AUGGGUGAUUUUAAUGCAAUACCCAAUCCCAAACUAGAUUGUUCUCCAGCAAAAAGAACACAAACACCUGAAUCACAACUCAUUAAAUUUCUUUCUCCCUACAUGCAUAAUACCUUCCAUCUUUUUCACCCCAACUCUAUAAAAUUUACCUUUAGUCACAACAAUAGUCAUAGUAGAAUUGACCAAAUAUGGACAAAUAUGCAUACAGCUUCUCUGGACUAUGCAGAUAUUAUUGAAGAUGCUACAAUAGAAUCAGAUCACAAUAUUAUUUUACUUGAAUUUUCUAUUCUAUUAACACUCUCCUCUUUAUACAAACAACCUUCUAGAAAAGUCACUCUUUGGAAACAAGCAUCACCUAAACAAAUUCAAAAAUACCAAACACAUAUAGAUCAAAAUUUAAUCAAAAUUCGUUCACAUAUUCUACAAAUUCAAAACCAAGUAGAACUAGAUAAAGCUUGA